AUGGCCCUCUCGCUGAAAUCGCGCGCUCUCGGAGCUAUAUGGGGAACCUGUGUCGCCGAUGCACUGGGCGGACCGGUACAAUUCAAAGAGAAGGGUACGUUCAAACCGAUCAAGGAUCUCGACUAUGUGUACCCAUUCAAUCAGCCAGCGGGCUCCUACUCCGACGACGGAGCAAUGACCCUCGCCCUAGCCCAAUCAAUCAUCGACUCAAACGGCAAAUACGACCAUGAUCUAAGCAUAAAGUACUACGUCCAAUGGAUGCGAAAGGGCCGAUUCAGCACAACGGAUUAUCCCUGGGACAUGGGAAUAUCAACCCGACAAGCACUCAGCACAUGGAAAGACUCAUCAGAAGAAACUGCCAGAACGCAGCGCAGAGUCAACGACUUACUCGACCACGACGAGAAAUCGGGUAAUGGCAGUUUAAUGCGCAUCGCUCCGAUCGGGGUCGCGCUGUGGAAAGAUGCCCACUUCGCGAGAAAGGUUUCCAGGGCCCAGAGUCAGAUUACGCAUCCUGCUAUUGCUUGUUUGGAGGCUUGUGAUGCUUUUACCGAGGUGAUUUGUCGUGCUAUGAGGGGACAAUCGAAAGAACAGCUCUGCGAAGCAUUUGCCAGUUUCAAAUUUGCGUCUGCGCUUCGAGCCCGAAUGGUGCCGUAUAAGAGGCUUUCGGACUGGAAGGCGAAAGAGAGCGCGGACAUGAAAAGUAGCGGGUGGGUCGUUGACACGCUGGAGGUCGCGCUCUGGGGAUUUUUCAGGUUUAACAGCUGGGAAAAGGGAGCUCUUGCGGUUGUGAAUCUUGGUGGGGAUUCAGAUACCGCGGGAGCGAUUUAUGGUGCGCUGGCUGGGGUGUUUUAUGGUGCUGAUGCGAUUCCGCGGCGGUGGGUGGAUGGGAUGCAGAAUUCGGGGCAGAUUUUUGAUAUUGGGCGGAAGUUUGCUGAUCUUGUUGUGUUGGAGGCUGUGAAGGAGUCACAGUCACACCUGCACUAG